AUGAAGAAACAAGCAAUUCUCUUUAAUUUCUUCCUUCUAGUUGCAUUACUUCAUGGGUCAUCAUUUGUUCAUGGCUCUGACAAAGAAAGAAAGGCCUACAUUGUGUACAUGGGAGAUUUAAAAAAAUCACAGAAAACUGCUGAUGGAUAUCAUAUCACUGCAGCUGAUCGCCAUCACAAAAUGCUUUCAUCUGUAAUUGGAGAUGAGGAUUUAGCUAGAAAGUCUAUAAUACAUAGCUAUGUAAAGUCUUUUGAUGCUUUUGCCGCUUACCUCUUGCCAGUGGAAGCUGAGAGACUGAAAGAACAUGAAAAUGUGGUCUCAGUGUUUCAGAAUACUUAUCGAAAUCUUCAUACCACAAGAUCAUGGGAUUUUCUAGGAAUGCCUCUGUCUUUGAGGAGAAAUAUCCAAAGAGAAAGUGAUACUAUUGUGGGUAUGAUAGAUACAGGGAUUUAUAUCGAUGCUCCAAGCUUUAAUGACAAAGGCUAUGGACCACCUCCAUCAAGAUGGAAAGGUGCAUGCCAAAUUGGAGGCAACUUCACUGGCUGCAACAACAAGGUAAUUGGAGCAAGGGCGUAUAACAAAGGGGAAGAAGACACCGUUGACCUGACUCCAGCAGACAUGGUCGGACAUGGCACGCACACUGCCUCCACCGUAGCCGGUGUCCCAGUAAAAGGUGCAAGCCUAUACGGCCUGGGCCAAGGCGUAGCGCGUGGUGGAGUUCCAUCAGCUCGACUUGCAAUUUAUAAAGCCUGCUCCACCGAGAGCUGCAGUGACAUGAACUUGUUGGCUGCAUUUGAGGAUGCUAUUGAUGAUGGGGUUGAUAUCAUAUCAAUUUCCAUUGGAGGCGGAACGAUGAAUUACUUCACUGAUCCCAUUGCAAUUGGAUCAUAUUCUGCAAUGAGGAAGGGAAUCCUGACAAGUUGUUCAGCAGGAAACUCAGGUCCAUACUUGGGCACAGUUGAAAAUUCAGCUCCCUGGGUUCUUACUGUUGGUGCUGGUAGCUUGGAUAGGCAGUUCAGAACUCCUGUUAUUACCGGAAAUGGCAUGGAAAUUUCUGGAAUUUCUGUAAACACAUUCACUCCUGAAGCAAGAUCAUAUCCUCUUACAGACUCAUUAAAAGCAACAAAUGCCACAGGAGAUGAAGCAGGGUUAUGUUUUACUUCAACAUUAAACGAAGACAAAGUUAAGGGAAAGAUUGUGCUGUGUUACGGAGGAGUUCCUGAUGAUGUAAAGGAAUUAGGAGGCACUGGAACAAUCUUGGUGGAUGAUGUUAUGACAGACACAGGAUUCACCUAUGGCAGUCCUGUCACAGUGCUUGAUAGCAACCAAGCAAAUAAGAUUGAGAAAUAUAUCAACUCAACCAAGAAUCCUACUGCUCUUAUAUUAAAGUCAACAAGUGUCCAAAUUGAUGCUCCUUCUGUUGCUACUUUCUCAUCUAGAGGACCAGGCCUCAGUACAACACUUCUGAAGCCAGAUGUUAUUGCACCUGGAAUUGACAUCCUAGCUGCUUACACUAAACUGAAAUCUGUAACUGGUUCAGACGAAGAUAAUCGGUUUGUAGUAUACAAUAUUUUUUCUGGAACAUCAAUGUCUUGUCCUCAUGCAAGUGCUGCGGCUGCUUAUAUCAAAACAUUCCACCCUACUUGGUCUCCGGCCGCCAUCAGAUCCGCCCUCAUGACCACUGCAAGUGAAGUUAAAAUCAAGAACAGAAGAAAAGAAUGGGCAUAUGGGUCAGGGCAAAUCGACCCAACAAAGGCACUGGAACCUGGUUUGGUCUAUGAUAUGUCAGAAAGAGACUACAUAAGAUUCUUGUGCAGUGAAGGAUAUUCUGGUCUAGCUCUAACAAUAGUCACAGGAGACCACGUUAAGUGUUCAAGUAUUCCUUACUCUAAAGGGCAAAGCCAUGAUGCAGUGAACUAUCCAUCCAUGCAUAUAUUUGUUAAGGAUUCUAAUGCUACAAUUUCAGCCAUUUUUCAUAGAAUAGUUACCAACGUAGGACCUGCAAAUUCUACGUACAAGGCAGCGGUGAAGGCUCCAGAAGGUUAUAAGAUCACUGUGAAACCUGAUACGCUGGUGUUUAACAGAGUGCAUGAGAAGAAAACAUUUAGAUUGAAGGUUGAAGGGCCGCCACCUUUUGAUAAGGAUGAUAAUCUGGUUAUUUUGUCAGCUUCAUUGGAAUGGAGUGACUCAAAACACAAGGUUAGGAGCCCCAUUGUUAUUUCUUCACAGAGAACCGACAUGGAGUGA